CAAAACGUCCGACGGCAGAACACGAAGUGUCUGGUAUCCGACUCAAAGCAACACACCUGUGAUAUUCCGAGUCACAUGUUUCUUAGUAAACUGUGGUCACCCAAGUUUAACCAUGGUGUUUAAAUAUCAAAGUCUGGUAUGGGCCGUGUGCAUCCUGUGCGAGGUACUGCGCCCCAACCGCGUAAGCGCGUGCCCUCAAGCCACCACAUCAUGGACACAACUCAGUGGGGCCUUGAAGCACGUUUCUGUGGGUAACUCCGGGGUGUGGGGCGUCAACACCCACAACUGGAUUUACUACAAGGGCACCUCGUACGGGGAAGAGGAGAGCCCUACUUGCAGGGCUUGGGAAAAGGUCAGCGGCUCCCUGACGCAGCUCGAUGUCGGUCACAACAUAGUGUGGGGAGUUAACGUUCACAAUAACAUCUAUUAUCGGCAGGGCAUAACUGCAAGUAAUCCGAAGGGGAGGGAUUGGGUUCAGGUUUCUGGGGCUUUGAAGCACGUUAGUGUCAGCCAAAGGGGCCACGUCUGGGGCGUCAACAGGCAGGACUACAUCUACCACCGCAUUGGGGCCAGCAAUUGCAAUCCGGCCGGGGAUAGUUGGCGGAAACUGGAUGGGCGGCUGAAGCAGAUCUCGGUGGGCAGCGGGGGCGUGUGGGGAGUCAAUUCGGGCAAUAACAUCUACUACCGGGUGGGUACCUACGGUGACCUUCCGUCGGAUCCCGAUGGUAGCGACUGGAAGCAAAUCCAAGGCAGCUUGAAGUACAUCAGUUCGGCCGAUAUGAUUUACGGGGUGAACUCAAACGAUAACAUUUACUACCGCGUGGGCGUGUCGGAAGGGACGCCCUGGGGUACAAGAUGGGAACAGAUACCAGGGGCACUGAAACAAAUCGAGUCUCUUUCGUGCGUGGUGUGGGGUGUUAACCGCAGUGACAAUAUUUACAAAAAGAAAACUGAUAAUUAAACAGGAGGAAGCAGAAGGUGAACGAAAUAACCGCCAUGAGACUCGAUUGAAAUAUUCAUUCAGUUAUUAAAAAAAUGGUAAGGGUGAUUAUUUUGACUGAUAAAUUCUAUCAAUUUCUGAUUUGUUGUUUGGUGUUCCUAGACUCUGGACAAAUGACUUUUAUUUGAUUUCAUGAAGAGGAGAAUUGCCUUAGUUCUUAGUUCAAAAGUAUUUGUUCUAAAGAUGUAGGAUUGAUGUCUUUCGUUUUUAUCUGAACACAAGGCUAAAUCUUCAAACUAAAAACUUCCUGCUACCGCUUUCAGGUCAUCUAUAUCUAAAAGGACAAUUUUUAGCAGAAAAAUGCUUCAGCCAAAAAACCCUUGGAAUUUGGUCGAAGAACUCCCCUUUAAAAACUGUUUUCAGGAAAAGCAGUGUGUAGUGCUCUAUUCAUGGAAUUGCUCGACAGUGUCCUCACUUUAGGGGCUUUAUUUGAUGUUCAGAUCUAACCGAUUUUUGCCUUUAACAGGAAUCCACGCUUGCUCAAUUGCGAUGUUCAUUGAAAUUGUUUUGAUUUUUUUGUUGCUGUUGGAAGUAUUUAUAGCUGCCACAAGUAAUCGUAAAUAUGGAAUGAGACACGUUCAUAAAUUUUAUGUUUUGAUAGGUCUUGAACAUGAUAGUAGUUCUUGUUUAAUUCAACUUACUUUAAAUUGUUUCACUUGAAUUGUUAGAAAAAUGUGAUAACAUGCUGGUCACGAAAUAUGUGGCCUGCAUCUCGUCAUGAAAAGCAUAAUUAUGUAAAUUUUUGCCAGCUCUGAAAAUGACAUGUGUUUUUUUCGGUCUGAAUGUUAAUUACCGAUUCUUAAAAACACUCAAUGAAUUAAUGAUGCACUAUUUACAUCAACUGUUUCAAAACCCAAACUCUGACAACUGAUACUUAAUGUAGGCCUUCGCAACCUGGAAGCUUUACAGUAGUUAAUUUCAGUACAUUUGUGAUUUCGAAACGCCUUGACUUCACUUUUUUACUGUUCAUUGGUUACUUUCCACGGUAUGUUAAAAGGGGCACAUGUAAGGAUUUUAAAGACAAAUUCCAAAAUUGUGCAGUUUAUUUACAUCACUAGAAAUAUUUACGGAUGUUAUUACGUUAUUCAUCCAGUAUUGCAUAAUUGUGUAUUACAUUCAUGCUAAAUCUUACAUAACAAUGGCAUAUCGGUGAAUUUCCAUGAUUUGUAGCAAAACAGAAACUUCUGUUACAACAGAAACCUGACAAUUUGAUCGAAGAAAUUCCCUUAAAACGACUGGUUUUAGGAGUAAGGGCCCAUAAAGAGAUUACAAGAGCUUUGUCAUAAACAAUUAUCUAAAGGGUCGUUUGUUUUACCAGCAAAAAAGUCUGUUAAAAAGGGAACCGAACAACAUGAUCGAAGAACCUCCUCUAAAAAUUCUUUCAGGAAAAGCACUGAGUAGUACUUUAUUCGUGGUAUUGCUUGAAGGUGUCCUGAAUUUUAAUAGGCUAAUUUCAUGUUCAGACCUUACCAAGGGCCGUAUAUUAUCAUUCACACUUAUUCAUGGAGCCGUAACAGCUAUAAUAAUGUCUUAAUUUUUUGCAUGAAAGUGACAUGCAUUUUCUCAGUAUGAAGUUAAAGAUUCCUAUUAGAGGAGAAUUCCAGAAUUGUUAAAGUUAUUCGCGCAACUACAAAGAUUUCUGGACAUUUUACUGCUUCUUUCAGAACUGCAAGUUUCCUUCAUGAUGGGGAUCUUAGGGAUUUUGAGUUUUGAUUUAUUUUGAUCCGAAAAGAGAAAUUGCACGAGAAAUUAAAAACAGGAGCAUGAAA